CCUCCAGUAUAAUACGCAUUUAUACCUGUAUAUACUUUAUAUACUAGGAAAUUAAAUUGAUUUAAAAUAAAAGAAUGGAUAACAAUUAGUUUCCUCUUUUAAGUAGAAAUUUUGACUGGAUAUUCGAUUUCCUAAUGACAACUCCCAAGAAUUAAGUUGACUGAGAAAGAAGACCAACAUUAGACUCAGACCAGACUUUUUGUUCUGCCACUAUUGUGGUUAUAUUUACAAUUUGACUACAUAUCGUUAAACUUUACUUGAGCAUCAUCAAUAGUAGACGAAUUUAUAAUUAAUGUUAAUCUUCAUUUGUUAAUAGUCAAUAAUGGCUAAUAGAACUGUAAAAGAUGCAAAAUCUGUUCACGGAACGAAUCCUCAAUAUUUAGUGGAAAAAAUAAUUCGCUCCAGAAUUUAUGAUUCCAAAUAUUGGAAAGAGGAAUGCUUUGCACUUACAGCAGAACUUCUUGUGGAUAAAGCUAUGGAGUUACGAUUUAUAGGUGGUGUUUUUGGAGGUAAUAUAAAACCUACUCCAUUUUUAUGCUUAACUCUCAAAAUGCUACAAAUUCAGCCAGAAAAAGAUAUUGUUGUUGAAUUUAUAAAAAAUGAAGAAUUUAAAUACGUGAGAGCGUUAGGAGCCUUUUACAUGAGGUUAACUGGAUCAUCUCUUGACUGUUACAAAUAUUUAGAGCCAUUAUAUAAUGAUAACAGAAAAUUAAGAAGACAAAACCGCCAAUCCCAGUUUGAGAUUGUACAUAUGGAUGAAUUUAUUGAUGAACUUUUAAGGGAAGAAAGGGUUUGUGACAUAAUACUACCUAGAAUUCAGAAACGUUCUGUUCUGGAAGAAAAUAAUGAGAUAGAAGCAAAAAUAUCAGCUUUAGAAGAUGACUUAGAUGAUGAUAUAGAUAUAGAAGAUGAAGAAUUAUUGAAAUAUGAUUUGGAUGAAAUACCCAAAGAAGAAAAGAAAGAAAAGAAAAAAGAUAAAAAGAGGGAUAGAAGUCGUUCAAGAGACAGGCAUCACAGUCGAGAAAGAGAAAAGCAUAAAAAAGAUAAGGAUAAGGAGAGGGAAAGGGAUAAAGACAAAAGGGGUAAAGACAGAAGUAGAAGAGAUAGAGAAAGACGAAAAGAAGAAAAGAAAAGAGAUAAUGAUAGAAAGAGAAGAUAAAUUUGGUAUUACUAUAUAAUUUUUUUUAUGAUUUCAAAUAAAAAUAAUCAAUUUAGAAAAUGAACAUUUUUAAUAUAAUUUAUUCAGUUUUAAUGACAUUAAUUAAAAUAAGUCGUCUAUAUAUGUAUAAUAUAUAUCAAUAUUUAAUUCCUACUUUAACUUUUGCUUAGAAUUUUGAUAAUUUGAAAACAGGUAGAUCCAAACUUGAUGAUGUACGUACGUACAAGUAAAUAUAUGCACGACCAUGACGUCUCUGGGUUUGCAACUGUAAGAUCUGAGGCAGCCUUAUAACGUUAAGUUAUACAUAUAUAACAUAAAAAUGUGAUAUUUCA